AGACGUUUCAUGGUUGCCAGGCAACAUGAAACUGCAAGCGGAUCGACAAACAUUCCUCGAGUAUUUGUUAAAUCUACAAGUGAUUGAAAAUAUUAAAUUACGGUCUAAAACCGGAAAGAGGUGAACAUUUUUUAUUCCCUCGAUUAAAAUUAAUGUAUCGACAUGGUCCACGACGAUUUACGAGUAGCAUGGAUCCGACAGCGCGUCUCUGCAGGUCUUAAUCUACCUGAUGGUCCCAACUGUUUCGACGAACUUCUCAACCGGGAGGAUGGAGAGGAAGAAGAAAAAAUCAUCCGGUUUUUGAACAUGGUCUCUGAUGAAGACUCCUUAUCCUGUCUUCUGUUUUUUAAAACUAUCAGAGCGGAAGAAACUGAAGUUGAAAUCCCAUCAGUUGAAAAUGAAGAUGGAGACUCUGAAGAUCCUGAUAAGAAGCCCUGGACCCAAAGUGGAGAAGAGUUGGCCUUACAUUCAGAGAAGACUCAAAAAGCAAGUCCUGGCCAUAGAGUGGAGGUUCAAGUGGUCUAUCACAGCGAGCUUCAUGUAGCAGUGGAUGAAUACCCAGAGAGGUUUCUGAAAUCUGCAGUCUUCUAUUUUCUCAGGAGUACAAAGGAGACUAUUGUUGAACCACUGGACAUGAAUGAGGCCAGUGUUCUCAUGCCCAAGCUAUUUGACACUAGCACGAUAAAGGGAGACCCACUUUGUGUGGUGCAACAAAAACUUGCCCACGUGCAUAUACUCACUUUAACCACCCACCAGAUGAGGAUCAGUGGUGCAGAUUAUCAAACCAGUGCAGAUUCCCCUCUUGAGGAGAAGAGUGAAGAGACUGAAAAGGAGAGUCCGGUGGAGUCAAGUGGAUCCUUUACAUUUCGUGACGAGCUGCUGAACCGGACGCAAAAGUAUUUGGGGCUGAUCAACGCAACUUUUACACAUCUUCAGAUUCAAGAGGAGAUUAAGCUGCAUAUCCCUGAGCUGGAUCUGGAACCAGGAGUGGAUGCACUGCUUUCCAAUCCAGAGACAGUUGAAGAGUUAGAGCAGUGUGUGAUGAACUGGCAGACACACAUUACCAUUGUUGUUGAGGAGCAGUUAAACAAAAAGCCACAGGCACCCAGCCCUUUGGCUGAAAUCUAUUUUUGGCAGGACCGUGCAUUUAUCCUGAGUGCUCUGAGUGAGCAGCUCAAACUGCCUAUGGUGGUGAAGAUCCGAAAGGUGAUGACCAAAGCAGAAGCAGGCGUUGUUCAGACGCUGGGUGGAGCAGUCUCCAAGCUCACUAAAUACCGUAUGGAAGCGGAGGAAAAUUUACGCUUCCUCAGAACUCUGGAAAGACAUUUCAUGAAUUUGGCUAGUGGAGCAAAUUUUGAUGUGAUCCUGGAGACUAUCCCAGAACUGAUGGAAAGCCUGCAGAUUGUGUGGAUAAUUUCUUGUCACUACAACACAAAUGAGCGUAUGGUCCCCCUGAUGGAGCGGAUUGCCUGGCAGCUUUGUGACUGUGUGAAUCUUACAGUUAAUGUACACACGAUAUUCAAGGAUAACAGAGAGGAGGCCAAAUCCAAGGUGAAUGAUGCAAAGCGGGUUUUGGACCGAUGGAGGUCAUCCUACUUCGAGGUGCGUGCUGAAAUUGAAGAAUCCAACAGGGAUCCACGUUGGGAAUUUGAUCGCAAGAGACUGUUUGAGAGGACAGAUUACAUGGCUUCUGUCUGCCAGGACCUGCACAAUGUUUUAAAGAUUUUGGAGGAGUUCCAAAACAUUUUUGGCCCUGAGCUAAAAGCUGUGACCGGAGACCCAAACAGCAUUGAUGAAGUGCUAUGCAAAGUGGAUUGUCUGGUUUCACCCUUGGAGGGUGUCAGUUUCAACCCCUUCAACAUCUGUAAGAUGACCAGCUGGAAAAUGAUCAUGCAGGAAUUUGACAGGACUGUUCACUCUAUAGAGGAAGAGGCCAUCAAGCUCAUCGAUCAGUCCUUGAAAACACUACGCUCUUCAGCUGUUGCCUUCGACAUGCUUCUGAAAUUCAAACAAAUCUGCUCCAGAGAGGUCAUCAGCAACCAUUUGAAUACAAAGUUUAAUGACGCGCUGACUCUGUACCUCAAAGAGUUGGACACUAUAAAUAAAAUCUAUGAGGCACAGAUGGACCAGCCGCCGCUAAAUAGAAAUGACCCUCCUGUGGCAGGAGCCAUCAGAUGGGUGAGAUCUCUUCUUCACCGCCUGAAACAAACCAUCCUUCCCUUCCUACAGGUGGCAGAGAUGACUGAGAGUGAUCUAGCCAAAGUUGUUAAAGAUAGGUAUGUGGAAAUAGGAAUGAAGACCAAAGCUUAUGAGAUGAAGAAAUAUAUGGACUGGUUUGGGGAGACAAAAACCAACUUGCCUUUGCUGAUGAAAAAAAAACUCUUGGUCAAGAGCAGCAGUGAAAACCAAACCCAGGGAAAACUUGAUACUCCUCCAACUGACAGUGGCCAAGAGGGUGUGCAAUUUAUUGUAAACUUUCCUCCUGGGAUUAGGGACAUCAUUUCUGAGGCAAAAAACCUUGUGUCUCUGGGCUUGGCUUUGCCCUAUCUGGCUCAAAAUAUUGCUCUACAGGAGCACAAAUUCAUCAGGUAUGCAUAUGAGCUCAACAACCUCAUCAGCUGCUACCACUCUGUGAUGGACAGACUGAGUGGGGUAAAGUCUGUUAUGUUGGCUCAACAGAUCAAAGUGGUCAAAGAAGUGAUCCAAGAUGGAUGCAAAAGACUAAACUGGAAUUCUUCUGCUGUCCCCGACUUUAUCAGCCGAGGAGUUCAGGCUGUCUCUAAAUUUGAGUCAGUUGUCAAACAGAUUCAGAAGAAUGAGCGGGAUAUUGAGUCCAUCUUGCAGUCCAUGGAAGUGGCCAGAUUACUGAAAUGUCCAGUCCCAGAUAAAUCCAACGACUUACCAGGUAUCAAGGAGUUCUGUGGCCGCAUUGAGCAAGAACGGGCCGCGACUGCAGGUAUGCUGAGUAGGAAAUAUGCUGCCAUUGGACCCCUUAUCACUGAGACAGAACAUUUGGUCUUGGAAACAAGCAGUGGAAAAGCCAAGAGUAUGGCAGAUUACUACAAGUACUGGGAGCGAAAGGUGUUCGAAUCCAUUGUGAAGAUGUUGCUGAGGAACAUUCAGGCUUUCAACAUGGCACUAUUGGGAAAUACCCCUCUUUUUCAAGUUGACGCCAGCGUAUCUGCGCCUACAAUAGUGCUUCUGCCUCAAAGCAAUGAGAUCUACUGGCUGCUCAUGCAGUGUAUCAGAGACUGCAUAGAGAGCACCAAGCAAUUUGUGCGUUGGAUGCAUGGAACCUGCAUCGAGUGCCCUCAACAACAUACAGGCGGUGAAAAUGAGCCGGUAUCAUUUAGCUUCUUCAGCGACGUGUGGCAGCAUCCUCAGAUAAAUGAGAGCACCAUGAAAGUGUCCCAGAACAUCCAGCGGCUGCUCUUCUCUGUGGAUCGCUACCUGAACCAUUGGAAACGCUAUCUGCUCCUUUGGAAAAAGAACAAAACAAUUGUCAAUGAGAAGUUUGCUGCAAAAAAACCAUCCUGUGUCAUGUAUGAUGAUAAGCUGCAGUUCCUGUGUAGCAUCAAUCAGGAGGUGUUGCUGGAGCCGCUGUUUAAGUGUGAGCACAUCAUGCACAUAAACCUUGAGCCUCUGGUUCUCUCUGUGUGUGAGAAUGCUAAUUCCUGGAUCAGUUCACUUGGUACCUUCCUCCACAUGCCGACGAAGGAGGAUCUCUUCAACCUCAGAGAUGAACUCAUGCAACUCUCUACACAGCUUAAACAGAGCCCUGACACCUUUGAAGAUCUGAAGUCUGUCUUGAGCACCAUUUCAAACAUCAGGGACAUGUCUCUAGACGUGGAGAUGAGAUUCAAUGAUAUCAAAGAGAGAUACAGAACACUGGCCAUGUACAAACUUAAGGUUGGAGAAGAUGAACUGGAACUUGUUGCCAGUAUUGGCCCAAUGUGGAGUGAUCUAUUUACAGAAUCCAGACAAGUGGAUCGAAGUCUGACAACUGUCAAGAAAUCAUUUACCACAACAACAAAGGAGAAGAUAGAAGAGUUUCACCAGGAGUUGUUCAUCUUCGGAGAAAGCUUCAACAUGCAUGGUCCUGGUGCUGUAGGAGAUAAUUUGGAGAAAGGAUUAUCCAUUAUGGGUAAAUAUGAAGCAGAACUCGCUAAGGUAGUGGCAGAACGACAGGAGCUAGCGAAUGCAGAGAAGCUGUUGGACCUGCAGGUCACUGUGUACCCUGAAAUUAUCAGCAUGCAGAAGGACAUGGCAGGCUUGAGACAGAUAUAUGAUGUCCAUAAGGCUCAGAAGGAUGCAAAGACAGAGUGGUCUCAGACCUUGUGGGCAGAUUUAGACAUCCAGCUCCUACAAGACGGUGUUGAGGGUUUCAUCAAAAGACUGAGGCAGCUGCCCAAAGAUGUGCGAGCUUUACCUGUGGCCUUCUUCCUCGAGGGACACCUGAAAGAGUUUAAGGAGUCUCUCCCUCUUCUGCUGGACCUGAAGAAUGAAUCCCUCAGAGACAGACACUGGAAGGAACUAAUGGAAAGGACCAGAACCAGCUUUGAGAUGAACCCUGACAGCUUCACUCUGGAGAACAUGUUUUCGAUGGAGCUUCACAAAUAUGCUAAUGUCAUCGGUGACAUAGUUACUUCAGCUGUAAAGGAGCUCAGUAUUGAGAAGGGGUUGAAGGAGGUUGUGGAGACCUGGGAAAACAUGAAGUUCAGCGUGCUGCCUUAUGUUAAAGGCACUCAGGAACGUGGCUCUAUAUUAGGUGCAGUGGAUGAGAUCCUCAUGAAUGUUGACAACGAUGCCAUGAACUUACAGAGUAUGGCAGGCAGCCGCUUUGUUGGACCUUUCCUUGGGACCAUUCAACAAUGGGAAAAAGACCUGUCCCUCAUCAGUGAGACAAUAGAGGUUUGGUUGCUGGUGCAACGGAAAUGGAUGUACCUGGAGAGCAUAUUCAUCGGUGGGGACAUUCGCUUGCAGUUACCCGAGGAGGCCAAGAAGUUUGAUAACAUUGACAAAAGGUUUAAAGAAAUAAUGAAAGACACAGUGAAGGGUCCAAACAUUAAGAGAAGCUGCCUGAUUCCAAACCGGCUAGCAGACCUGCAGGCCCUGUUUGAUGGUCUGGAGAAGUGCCAGAAGAGUCUGAAUGACUACCUGGACUCUAAGCGGAACGCUUUUCCUCGCUUCUUUUUCAUCUCUGAUGAUGAGCUGCUCAGCAUUCUGGGAAGCAGUGACCCUGCCUGUGUCCAGGAACACAUGAUCAAGAUGUAUGACAACAUAGCAUCCCUGAGGUUGGAUGCGGACAGCAGCGGGGGGACAGUGGCGGGAGCUAUGGUGUCUGCCGAGGGUGAGGUGAUGGAGUUGAAGAGACCUAUUCCAGUGGAGGGCCGGGUGGAGGAGUGGAUGACCGGAAUACUCAAUGAGAUGAGGAGAACUAACAGACUCAUUACCAAGGAGGCAGUGUUCCGGUACUGUGAAGACAGGAGCAGGGUGGACUGGAUGUUGCUGUACCAGGGCAUGGUGGUGCUGGCUGCAAAUCAAGUGUGGUGGACCUGGGAGGUAGAGGAUGUCUUUAAAUGUGUGAAGAAAGGAGACAAGCAUGCACUGAAGAACUAUGCCAAGAAAAUGCACCAGCAAAUUGAUGAGCUGGUAUCACGCAUUACUCAACCUAUGAAGAAAAAUGACAGACGGAAAAUAAACACUGUGCUCAUUAUCGAUGUCCAUGCAAGAGAUAUUGUUGACAGCUUUGUCCUGAACAGCAUAAUGGAUGCACGAGAGUUCGAGUGGGAAAGCCAGCUAAGAUUCUACUGGCUCCGGGAACAUGACAACCUAUUUGUGCGUCAGUGCAGUGCGUCCUUCUCUUACGGCUAUGAAUACAUGGGGUUGAACGGUCGAUUGGUGAUAACCCCUCUGACAGACCGAAUCUACCUCACCCUCACGCAGGCUCUCUCUAUGUACCUGGGUGGAGCUCCUGCAGGGCCGGCUGGUACUGGAAAGACAGAGUCCACCAAAGACCUGGCUAAGGCUUUGGGUCUUCUCUGUGUGGUUACAAACUGUGGUGAGGGAAUGGACUACAUGGCUGUGGGUAAGAUCUUCUCUGGGCUCGCCCAGUGUGGAGCUUGGGGCUGUUUUGAUGAGUUCAACCGUAUCGAUGCCUCUGUAUUGUCGGUUAUCUCCUCUCAAAUCCAGACGAUCCGCAAUGCACUUAUCCUGCAUUAUAAAAAGUUUCAAUUUGAAGGGCAAGAAAUAAGUUUGGAUGACCGCAUGGGGAUUUUCAUCACCAUGAAUCCAGGUUAUGCAGGACGCACAGAGCUGCCAGAAUCAGUCAAAGCCCUCUUUAGGCCUGUCGUGGUCAUUGUGCCAGACCUGCAGCAGAUCUGUGAGAUCAUGCUCUUCUCUGAAGGCUUCCUCAUCGCCAAGGUGCUGGCAAAGAAGAUGACUGUACUGUAUAAGCUGGCUCGUGAGCAGCUGUCCAAACAGUCUCAUUACGACUUUGGUCUGAGAGCUUUGAAAUCUGUCCUCGUGAUGGCAGGAGAGCUGAAGAGAAGUUCACCAGACCUUCAUGAGGAUGUGGUGUUGAUGCGUGCUCUCAGGGACAUGAACCUGCCAAAGUUUGUGUUUGAGGAUGUGCCUCUGUUCCUUGGGCUAAUCUCAGACUUGUUUCCUGGGCUGGACUGCCCUCGUGUUCGCUAUCCAAACUUCAAUGAUGCAGUGGAGCAGAUCAUAGAAGACCACAAAUAUGUUUUAAUUCCCAACCAGGUGGAUAAAGUGGUGCAGAUGUAUGAGACCAUGAUGACCAGACACACUACGAUGGUUGUAGGCCCAACGGGUGGAGGGAAAUCAGUUGUGAUCAGCACAUUAUGUCAAGCUCAGACUAAAUUGGGAUUAAAUACUAAGAUGUAUCCUCUGAACCCCAAAGCCAUGAGUGUCAUUGAACUUUAUGGCAUUCUGGAUCCGGACACUCGAGACUGGACUGAUGGGAUUUUAUCCAACAUCUUUCGUGAUAUAAACAAGCCCACUGACAAAAAAGAGAGGAGGUACAUCCUGUUUGAUGGAGAUGUGGAUGCCCUGUGGGUGGAGAAUAUGAACUCAGUAAUGGAUGACAACAAGCUCCUCACACUUGCCAAUGGAGAACGGAUCCGUUUACAGAAUCACUGUGCCCUGCUGUUUGAGGUUGGAGAUUUGCAGUAUGCUUCUCCUGCUACUGUUUCCCGAUGUGGAAUGGUUUUUGUUGACCCCAAAAACCUGCGAUACACCCCGUACUGGCAGAGAUGGGUGAAGAACAGACCUGGCGGGGAGCAAGAAGUGCUCAACAAACUGUUUGAGAAAUAUGUGCACAGCUCUAUUGAUAUGAUCGUGGAUGGUAUUGUUGAUGGCAAGCAGGGCAACAAACUCAAGACUGUUGUACCUCAGACAGAUCUGAACAUGGUGACUCAGCUGUGCUUGACACUGGAUGCACUGCUUGAGAGUGAGACCAGCAAUACUGACGUCCUGGAGUGUUACUUCCUUGAAGCUCUGUACUGCUCCCUCGGGGCCACAUUGCUGGAGCCCAGCAGGAUCAAAUUUGAUGAGUUCAUCAAAAAGCUUUCCUGUUUGACCACAGUACAUGAUGAGAAAAGCCUGGCAGGGCCCGGUGAGAUCCCAGGAUACCUGCCAACUCUCUAUGAGUUCCACUUUGAUGGAGCACUUGAGAAGUGGGUUCCCUGGAGUUCCUUGGUCACCAAAUACAUCCACAACCCUGUUAUGAAGUUUGCUGAUAUUCUAGUGCCGACUAUCGACACCACAAGAACCAGCUGGAUCCUUGAACAGAUGGUGAAAAUCAAGAGGCCAGUGCUUUUGGUUGGAGAGUCUGGCACCUCCAAAACUGCCACCAUUCUAAACUUCCUGAAGAACCUUGAUGCAGAUACCAGGAUUACACUGAUCAUCAACUUCUCAUCGAGAACCACUUCAAUGGACCUGCAGCGGAACUUGGAGGCCAAUGUGGAGAAAAGGACCAAAGAGAUCUAUGGGCCUCCUAUUGGAAAGAGGCUGCUGGUCUUUAUGGAUGACAUGAAUAUGCCAAAGGUGGAUAGUUACGGCACACAGCAGCCUAUAGCACUCCUGAAGCUGUUACUGGACCGAGGAGGCAUAUAUGAUAGAGGAAAGGAGCUCAACUACAAAGUUCUGAAGGACCUUGGCUUUGUAGCUUCCAUGGGAAAAGCUGGAGGUGGGAGGAAUGAGGUGGAUCCCCGCUUUGUCUCGCUCUUCAGUGUUUUCAGCAUUCCCUUUCCAGCCAUGGAGUCCCUCCACCUCAUCUAUGCUUCUAUUAUCAAAGGCCACACCAGAACGUUUGAGGAUGCCAUACAGAAGGUUUGUGAUACAGUCACUUUCUGCACACUGGAACUGUACAACAACAUCAUCAAAGAUCUGCCACCCACUCCCUCCAAGUUCCACUACAUCUUCAACUUAAGGGACCUGUCAAGAGUCUACAACGGGCUGACUCUAACCAAACCUGACAGGUUAUUGACUGUCACCCAAUUUGUGCGUGUCUGGAGAAAUGAGUGCCUGAGAAUCUUCCAUGACAGACUCAUAGAUCAAACUGACAAAGCCCUGGUCCAAGGACACAUAAAGAACCUGAUUGAGGAGCACUUUAAGUCAGACCUGGAGGAAGGCAUGAGGGACCCAAUUCUUUUUGGAGACUACAGGACCGCCCUCAGUGAGACUGAACCAAGGGUCUAUGAGGACAUGCAGGACUAUGAUGCUUCAAAAGCCCUGUUUCAGGAGAUUCUAGAGGAAUACAAUGAGAACAAAUCAAGGAUGAACCUUGUGCUGUUUGAUGACGCUCUGGAACAUCUGACCCGAGUUCACCGAAUAAUUCGCAUUGACCGUGGCCACGCCCUGCUUGUCGGUGUGGGGGGCUCUGGCAAGCAGUCUCUUACAAAGCUUGCUGCCUUUACUGCUGGCUGUGAGGUAUUUGAGAUAACGCUAAGCAGAGGUUACAGUGAGUCAAACCUUCGUGACGACCUGAAAACGCUGUACCUGAAGCUUGGAAUUGAAAACAAGAAGACAGUGUUCCUCUUCACUGAUGCCCAUGUGGCUGAGGAAGGCUUCCUGGAGCUCAUCAACAACAUGCUCACCUCUGGCAUUGUUCCUGCAUUGUUCCCUGAUGAUGAGAAGGAGUCAGUGCUCAACCAGCUACGAGAUGAGGCUCUAAAGAUGGGAUCAGGUCCAUCCAAAGAGAGUGUGUGGCAGUAUUUUGUUAACAAGAGUGCCAACAAUCUUCACAUCGUUUUAGGCAUGUCUCCAGUGGGAGACACCCUGAGGACACGCUGCAGGAACUUCCCAGGAUUGAUGAAUAACACUGUGAUCGACUGGUUCCUGCCAUGGCCUCCACAGGCAUUGCUUGCUGUGGCUCAGUCGUUCCUUGGCGAAAGUCCAAUGAUUCCUGAAGCACACACUGCAGCAGUGAUAGCUCAUGUGUGCAUGGUUCACAGCUCCGUAGAUGACUACAGCAAACUUUUCCUGCAGAAACUCAGGCGUUGCAACUUUGUUACCCCAAAGAACUAUUUGGACUUCAUAAGCACAUAUUCAGCCCUCCUGGAGGAAAAGGACCAAUCCAUCCUGGCUCAGUGCAAACGUCUUGAGGGAGGUUUGGAUAAACUGAAGGAGGCCAGUGAGCAGCUGGCGACGCUGAAUGUCAAACUAGCAGAUCAGAAGGUGGUCCUCGCUGAGAAGUCCACAGCCUGUGAGGCUCUGCUGGAUGGGCUCACCACAAACACAACAGUAGCUGAGGAGAAAAAGACUCUGGCAGAAGACAAAGCCAAAGAGAUUGAAGAGCAGAACAAGGUGAUUGCAGUGGAGAAGGCAGAAGCUGAAAGUUCUCUAGCUGAAGCGCUGCCAGCAUUAGAGGCAGCCAGUCUGGCCCUGCAAGACCUAGGAAAAUCUGACGUCACAGAGAUCCGGUCCUUUGCCAAGCCGCCCAAACAGGUGCAGGUGGUUUGUGAAUGCAUCCUGGUGAUACGCGGCUACAAGGAGGUCAGCUGGCAGGCAGCCAAGGGUAUGAUGUCAGAGGCUAACUUCUUGCGUUCACUGUUGGAGAUGGAUCCCGAUUCUAUAAAUAACAACCAGGUCAGGACUGUCAAAGGCUUCCUGAAGAGUCUCCAGACAAGUUUUGAGGAGAUGCAAGGCAUCAGUAAGGCUGGGGCAGGAAUGCUUAAGUUUGUUGAGGCUAUAAUGGGUUACUGUGAAGUUGCAAGGGAGAUAAAACCCAAGAGAGAAAAGUUGGCACGCCUGGAGAAGAACUUCUUUCAGAGUAAGCGUGAGUUGGAAGGCAUUCAGCGUGAGCUCAAUGCUCUCCAGCAAGAGUUGCAGGCUCUUGGAGAGAAGUACCAAGCUGCUAUUACUGAGAAAGAGACUCUGCAAGAGGAGGCUGAGCUCAUGGAGAGGAGGCUGAUAGCUGCUGACAAACUUAUUUCAGGCCUGAGCUCUGAGAAUGAACGAUGGACACAAGACCUGGAGGAGCUGAAGCAGCGGCGGGUACGCCUCUUGGGUGACUGUCUGAUAUCUGCUGCUUUCCUGAGCUACGAAGGGGCCUUCAGUUGGGACUUCAGGAAUGAGAUGGUUUACAAAACAUGGGCUAAAGAUGUGCUGGAGAGAGGAAUCCCAUUGAGUCAGCCGUUCAGAAUCGAAAGCCUUCUAACUGAUGAGGUUGAAAUCAGCAGAUGGGGCUCAGAGGGCCUGCCUCCAGAUGAACUCUCAGUGCAGAAUGGAAUCCUCACAACCAGAGGAAGUCGGUUUCCAAUGUGUAUUGACCCUCAACAGCAAGCACUCAACUGGAUCAAGAAGAAAGAAGAAAACAAUAAACUAAAGAUCUCAUCUUUCAAUGAUCCAGACUUCUUAAAGCACCUUGAAAUCGCCAUCAAAUAUGGCUCCCCAUUCCUUUUCCAAGAUGUGGAUGAGUACAUCGAUCCUGUGAUUGAUAAUGUCCUGGAGAAGAAUGUAAAAGGAGCAGCGGGCAGACAGGUCCUCAUGCUAGGGGACAAAGAGGUUGACUAUGAUCCCAACUUUAAACUGUACCUCAACACAAAGCUGGCUAACCCCAAAUACUCCCCAUCAGUGUUUGGAAAAGCCAUGGUCAUAAACUAUACUGUAACCCUUAAGGGUCUGGAGGACCAGCUGCUGAGUGUGAUCAUGGGUUUUGAGAAGAAGGAGCUGGAGGAGCAGCGUGAGCACUUGAUCCAAGAGACAAGCAACAAUAAGAAGUUGCUGAAGAAACUCGGGGACUCCUUGCUCAGAGAGCUGGCCACAUCUACAGGAAACAUGCUGGAUAACACAGAGCUGGUUGACACUUUGGAGGUGACCAAGUCGAAGUCCAGCGAGGUGUUUGAGAAACUAGAGUUGGCAGAGAAGACAUCUGUGGACAUUGAUACACUCAGAGACGGCUACAGGCUUGCUGCAAAGCGUGGUGCCAUCUUGUUCUUUGUGCUGACUGAAAUGGCUCUGGUGGAUAGCAUGUACCAGUACUCUCUAGCCUCCUACAUGGAAGUGUUUGACUUUUCACUGCGCAAAUCUCUGCCUGACUCUGUUCUGCCUCAAAGACUUAAGAACAUCAUGAAUACUCUGACAUACAGUGUGUACAACUAUGGGUGCACAGGUCUGUUUGAGAGACAUAAGCUGCUCUUUUCUUUUAAUAUGACCAUCAAGAUUGAGCAGGCAGAGGGGAGGGCUCCUCAGGAGGAGUUGGAGUUUUUUAUCAAGGGUAAUCUAUCCCUGGAAAAGAGCACACGUAAAAAGCCUUGUGACUGGCUUCCAAACCAGGGCUGGGAGGACAUAGUGAAACUUGCAGAGCUCUUCCCUGAGCAGUUUGGCUCUCUGCCUGAUGACGUGGAGAAAAAUUCCACUGACUGGAAGUCUUGGUAUGACCUGGAUGGACCUGAACAGGUUCCAUUCCCCAUGAAAUAUGCUGAGAUCCUGUCAGCCUUUCAGAAGCUGCUACUGCUACGCUGCUUUCGCGUUGAUAGAGUCUACAGAGCUGUGACUGACUACGUCACUGUCACAAUGGGCGAGAAAUAUGUCCAGCCUCCUGUGAUCAGAUAUGAUGCAAUCUAUGAGCAGAGCACACCUUACUCCCCUAUUAUCUUCAUCCUGAGCCCAGGCUCUGACCCAGGAAGUGACCUCAUGAAGCUAGCAGAGAGGUCAGGCUUUGGACAAAACAAGUUCAAGUUUCUUGCUAUGGGCCAAGGCCAGGAGAAGGUGGCGCUGCAGUUGCUGGAGGAUGCGGUGGCCCUUGGUCUGUGGUUAAUGCUACAGAAUUGCCACCUGCUGGUUAAAUGGCUGAAGGACCUGGAGAAGUCAUUAGAGAGGAUCACCAAGCCACACCCAAACUUCCGCUUAUGGAUCACCACCAACCCCAUCCAGGAUUUCCCAAUUGGCAUACUACAAAAGUCUCUAAAGGUGGUGACGGAGCCCCCCAACGGUCUCAAACUGAACAUGAGAGCCACAUACUCUAAAAUUUCCCAUGAGACCUUGACUGCAUGUCCACACCCAGUUUUCCGCAGCCUGGUGUACGUGUUGGCCUUCUUUCAUGCUGUCGUUCAAGAAAGACGCAAGUACGGGAAAAUCGGCUGGAACGUCCCCUAUGACUUCAACGAGUCUGACUUCUUGGUGUGUAUGGAGAUACUGAACACAUACCUGACCAAAGCUCACAACCAAGGAGACAGCAAUAUUCCCUGGGGUAGUCUUAAAUACCUUAUAGGGGAGGUGAUGUAUGGCGGACGAGCCAUAGAUAGCUUUGACCGCAGGAUCCUGACUGUCUACAUGGAUGAGUUCCUUGGUGACUUUUUGUUCUACACCUUUCGAGAAUUCCACUUCUUCAGCAACAAAGAUGUAGAUUACAAGAUUCCUGCAACUGGGCAGAAGAAAGCUUAUGUUGAUGAAAUUGAGACCCUACCCCUGGCAAAUACACCAGAGGUAAUGGGUUUGCACUCCAACGCAGAGAUAGGAUACUACACUCAGGCAGCAAAAGACAUGUGGACUCAUCUCAUAGACCUGCAGCCUCAGACAGGGGAAUCUGGAGCAAGCAUCAGCAGGGAAGAGUACAUCAGCCAAGUGGCACUGGACAUUCAGAACAAGCUGCCCAAGUUAUUUGACAUGGACAUGAUCCGUAAAAAGUUUGGCACUGACAUAUCCCCAACGGCAGUGGUGCUGCUUCAAGAAUUGGAACGCUUCAACAAACUUGUAGUCCGCAUGCAGCGCUCUCUGGCUGAGCUGCAAAGGGCCUUGGCUGGGGAGGUAGGUAUGAGCAGUGAGCUGGACGAGGUAGCUAGGGCCCUUUUUAACGGUCACAUCCCUGCCAUUUGGAAGAAAUUGGCACCUGACACCCUGAAGUCCCUCGGCAAUUGGAUGGGCCAUUUCAAGAGGCGCUUUGAACAGUAUAGUAACUGGGUGGAUGAGGGAGAGCCAAAAGUCAUGUGGCUUUCAGGACUCCAUAUCCCAGAAUCCUACCUGACUGCCCUUGUCCAAGCAGCUUGUCGGAAAAAUGGUUGGCCUCUGGAUCUUUCCACACUGUACACACAGGUCACCCAGUACCGCAACGAGGAUGAAGUCAGUGACAGACCAGGACAGGGCUGCUUGGUGUCAGGCCUGUACCUGGAGGGAGCAGACUGGGACAUAGAGAACAGCUGCCUGGUGAAGAGUAAACCAAAGGCUCUGGUUGUUGAACUGCCCAUUUUAAGAGUCAUUCCCAUAGAGACACGCCGCCUCAGGUUACAGAACACACUGCGCACACCUGUGUACACCACAUCCUUGCGGAGGAAUGCAAUGGGUGUGGGGUUAGUAUUUGAGGCUGACCUGUUCACCACCGAGCACAUCUCUCACUGGGUCCUUCAGGGAGUCUGUUUAUGCCUGAGUGCUGACUAAAGACAGACCUCAGCCUCACUGAGCUGGUUGGCUUUCAUGCCGUCAGUUUCAACAUGUUGAUUCAUAUUUAUGGUGCCUGAUGCUUGUCAAAACAAACUGAUAGAGUCUCAUAAGAAAACCAAAUGGAGCAGUGGAUCAUUAUUCUCCUCCUAGUUUUCAUUAUUUUUUCACUAGAUGGCAGCACUCGACUUUACAGAGCUCGUCAUGCUGGGCUGUAGCUCCGGUGAUUCCUCUUAAAUGUAAAAGGCCUUGAAAAGUCAGGAACUUUUAACCUCCAAGUCUACUACUGUUUAUAGAUCAAUAAAAGUUCACAACUCAGCUGAA